GCGCGCGCUCAGGUGGAGAGACAGAGGUGCGGAGCCGGAAGAACAAGAGGAUCGAGACUCACCAACAGAAAACACCGCAGUCUCUGCUCCAAACGUGUCGUGUGCGCAUUUUCAGCCUCUCCACAGUUUAUUUAUGCAAGAGCACAGCACCGGCGGAGACAUGACGGAACAAGGGAAGAAGCUGCUGCUGGUGGUGGUGGAUAUUCUGUGCGUCGUUGUGGCCGCUCUGCCGUCGGUCAUACUGACCAUCGUCUUUACUCCGUAUCAGAGGGGAAUCUACUGCGACGACGCCAGCAUCAGUUACCCGUACAGACGAGACACCAUCUCACACGGCGGCAUGGCGGCCGUCACCAUCACCUGCUCCAUCGUCAUCAUCACCACGGGCGAGGCGUACCUCGUCUACGCCAACCGUCUUCGCUCCAACUCUCAGUUUAACCAGUAUCUUUGUGCGCUUUAUAAAAUCGUGGGCACGUUCCUGUUCGGGGGCUCGGUCAGUCAGUCCCUCACAGACUUGGCCAAGUUCACCAUCGGACGUCCCAGGCCAAACUUCCUGUCCGUGUGCGCCCCCACAGUUUGUAACGGGUACAUGCUCCAGAUCAACUGCACCGGAAACCCCCGGAACGUCACGGAGUCCAGGUUGUCGUUUUACUCCGGUCACUCGUCCUUCGGGAUGUACUGUAUGCUCUUUCUGGCGUUGUACGUCCAGGCUCGGGUCCAGGGGAAAUGGACUCGUUUGGUUCGUCCCACGAUUCAGUUUUUCUUGGUGAUGUUUGCGGUUUACGUGGGCUACACCCGAGUGUCCGACUACAAACACCACUGGAGCGACGUGCUGGUGGGACUCCUGCAGGGGGCGCUCAUCGCCAUCCUCACCGUUCGAUACGUGUCUGACUUCUUCAAACAGCGCCCCCCUCUGUGCACCGAGACCAACACAACUGAAGUGGAUCAUUUGGACAAUAAAGGCAAUCCAGCUCCUCCAGACUCACAACACAGAAACCACUACAACUACACCGGCCCCGUAUGAACCCCACCCUCCUGAACCCCACCCUCCUGAA